AUGCUGAUUCAACAGGUGGGAGCCCGGAAGGAGCAGGAGCAGCAGAGGAGAUUGAGACGCCGGGGAGGAGCCAAGGAACCAGCAGACCAAGUGGAAGCCAGGAUACGACAAAUGCACUGUCUGCUGCACCCAGAAAAGGACGAAGGAGAGACAACACUGGAGAAAAAGCCAGCAAACAAUCAAUAUUCUCUCCAGUGGGGCCAGAGAGUCCAGGGUUGGAGGAAAAUAACAUGCCUGCUACUCCUAAUGACAUACAUGUUGAGGCAGACCUCCCUGACAGAAGCCCUCCACAGUGGGACCCCAAAAUACCACCUACAGAAUGGGAACAACUCUUCCCUGAAAUCGAUGCCUAUCCAGAUGGAAGCGCAGUCCAGUCAGAGGAGGGAGCUCCAGGGGAAGGAACAGAAAGGGAGACCCCACAAGAAGGAGGAGAAGGAAGAGUCUCGCAGGCUGAAGAAGAGGUUUUCCCCACAAUUGACUUUUCAGCUCUUGAAUGGUCCCCACAACGUGGCAUUGAGAGGAGUGGCUGCUCAGUCUUCCCUUUUUAAUUGGGAAAAUAGUCCAAGUAAAGUCAUCGAUGGAAACCGCAACACUAACUAUAACUAUGGUGGAUCCUGCAGCAGCACUGCAUUUAACACCAACCCCUGGUGGAGAGUGGACCUGCUGGAUGUGUACAGAGUGACAGCUGUCAACAUCACCAACAGAGGAGACUGCUGUCCUGAGAGACUUGAUGGUGCUGAGAUCCGUAUUGGUAACUCACUGGAGAACAACAGCAUCAACAACCCCAGAUGUGUUGUCAUCUCCAACAUCCCAGCAGGAAAGACCUACACCUUCCAGUGUAAUGAGAUGGAGGGUCGCUAUGUUGUUGUGGUGAUCCCUGGACAGAACAAGAUUCUCACUCUAUGUGAGGUGGAAGUAUUUGCCACAGUCAAACCUCCAGGAGACAACGUGGCAUUGAGAGGAGUGGCUGCUCAGUCAUCACAGUUUUCGGAUCGCAAUGCUCACUAUGCAAUUGAUGGGAACAGCAACACAAACUAUGGAUCCUGCACCCACACUGCACAGGACACCAACCCCUGGUGGAGAGUGGACCUGCUGGAUGUGUACAAAGUGACAGCUGUCACCAUCACCAACAGAGAUGACGUUCCUGAGAGACUUGAUGGUGCUGAGAUCCGUAUCGGUAACUCACUGGAGAACAAUGGCAUCAACAACCCCAGAUGUGAUGUCAUAUCCCACAUCCCAGCAGGAAAGACCAACACCUUCCAGUGUAAUGAGAUUGAGGGUCGCUAUGUUGUUGUGGUCAUCUAUGUCAGGAAGGAAUAUCUCACUCUGUGUGAGUUGGAAGUAUAUGGCACUCCUGCAGUAAAUGUAGCAUUGAAAGGAGUGGCCAGCCAGUCAUCACUGAAUGGGUAUGGCAAUGCUCACAAUGCCAUUGAUGGGAACAGAGAAUCAGACUAUUACAAAGGAUCCUGCACACACACUGCAAAGGAGACCAAACCCUGGUGGAGAGUGGACCUGCUGGAUGUGACCAGAGUGACAGCUGUCAGCAUCACCAACAGAGGAGAUGAUGUUCCUGAGAGGCUUGAUGGUGCUGAGAUUCGUAUCGGUAACUCACUGGAGAACAACGGCAUCAACAACCCCAGAUGUGAUGUCAUCUCCCACAUCCCAGCAGGAAAGACCUACACCUUCCAGUGUAAUGCGAUGGAGGGUCGCUAUGUUGUUGUUGUCAUCCCUGGCAGGUCGGAAUGGCUCACACUUUGUGAGGUGGAAGUAUUUGCCACUGUCAAAACUCCAGAGUCUUCCACAGAAGCCCCCAAGUCAAAGAGAACGGUGGUGAGGAUGAAGAUCCAAUCAGAUGCUGAUCUGACAAACCAGGCAGUCGGUGACCAGCUACUACAGCAGGCGAGCGAGAGGGAAAGGGGGAGGGAAAGGGGGAGGGAGAGCUAA